AUGAUGGAGAAUUCUCCAACGAUCAGGUAUCUCAACUUCCACGCAUGCCCAUGCUAUAAUGGAUUCACAAUUGGUGCUUCCCUCCAACUCAGUUAUGCCAAGUUUGUUGAUAACAACAUUUAUAAUCGCUACUUCAUGUAUUUGUCUGGAAUAUCCACAUUUCAAUAUUGUUUCUUCAAGAACAACAACGGAUUCAUCAAACACUCACAAUCUCUUUCAAUAACAGAUUGCUAUUUUGAUAAUUUCCAAGUUGAUGGACCAGGACUCAGUUUUACACGAGUUCAGACAUCAGGUGAAGUAUUUCCAACAAACUUUGAAGUCUAUUCCAACGGAAAUUGUAUUGCUGUUCCUUAUGUCGGCGAACAACCACCAGCUCCAGAGAUUCCACCAGCAACACCACCUCCAACACGUUCUCCAGCACCAACACAGUGGCCAAUGCCAACAGCUACUCCAGUUCCACCUGCUUCUACAACACCCGAUAAAAAUUUCGAGUACCAGAUAUACAGUGAACGACAGAAUGUCACAGAACAGUCAAGAAUAAUUGUUCACGACUGUGUAUUCAAUAACAUUAAACUUGGAUUGAGUAUUACCGGAAAUAAUCUUUACGUAAGACUUGAAAUGUGGGAAACUACUUUCUAUAAAUGCUCUAACCAAUACGGUAACGAUCAAAGUCCUGCUGGAUUUUUGUUCUAUCCACAAUUUAGUGGUUCAAAUGAAUUUGUUUCAUGUCUUGUCAACAGAACAUGUGGAUAUGAAUUAACUGCGCAUCACUCAAUAUUUGCAUAUGUUAAAGUAACACCAACAUCGUAUAACCAUGCAAACUUAACUUCGAUUACAAGAUGUGCACCAGAUCCAGGAGGAAGUAAUGCUGAAGGUAGAUACAACACUGUUGAUUUGAGAUCAGGAAAACAUGUUUUCAACAGCUGGAAUUCAUCAAAUUGUCAGGUAACAGAUACAGCUGGUAUUUUCACUGUUGGUGAUGGCCAAGGCGGAACAAAAUCACAAAUCCUUUAUGCCACAUUCUAUAAUAACUAUGCUACAGGUUCAAUGGUUUUGAACUGUUUAAACACAGAUAUUGUUUAUUCCCAUUUGAAUAUAAUCAAAGAUAGAUCAGAUAAAGCUGCACUUUUCCUUGCUGUAAGUUCUACUUUCUUACUGGAAUCAAGUAUUGUAUUAGAUUGCCAAAUGAAGGACAAUAAAAUGAUGUCAUUCCAAUCACUUAUUAAUCCAUCUUCAUCGUCUUCAUCCACAGCUACAAUUAAGUCAUGCUUCCUCCAGUCAAAUAUUGAUACAUCUGGAUGUACUGUUAUAGAUACAGUUCGUCAAUCAACAGAAACAUAUAAACUCACUCACUUCGCUAACUUCAUUUGUGAAGUCGAAGUCUCUGCAAAACCAUUGGCUCCUCAACCAACAUUCAUGACAAGAUGCAUGAGAUUUGAUGUUUCUGAAGCGAACAAGAAGUUCUUAAAGAUGAAGAAGACUAAGGUUGGAAUGGCUUUCGCAGAAGCUACAUUAUCAGUGUAA